AUGGAUGUUUGCUUCUCUGAUGCAUGGAUGCACGGGUACACGUACGGCAGCAUGUUCGCGCGCGUGUGGGGCGCGGCGGCGUUCCGGGGCGCGUCGGGCCGCGCGGCGCCGGCGCCGCACCUGGCGGAGCGGCUGGGCAACGUGGGCGCGUGGCGGCGCCGCCAGCUGGGGCCCCCGGGCGAACCCCGGCCCGCGCCCCGCGCGCUCGUGCUCACUGGUCUGGGCGCGCUACGCACUUUUGAG